UACACACUCACGCUUCCAAGAUGGCGCUCAACCUACGGAGAGAAAGACGAUCGAGCGUCUGAACGGGUCGGAGCGGUUCUGCUAUAGCUGUGUCAAGCGUCGGACAAUGAACGAGUGCCGGACCGAUCUACUUGUUUCUGUCAUCGCUUCGACCAAUCGGUCAUAAGGAUAGUGUUGUGCGUUUUGGUGUGGAAACAAAAUGUGUAGCCACAGACAGAGGAUCGUUAGGAUAGAAUCGAAAAUAAGUACGUGCUAGUGCGAUUCUUCGGUUAUGUCAGUGCGUUAAGUCAAAAUGGCAGCCACGUUAACUGUCGAGCAAGAACAGGCCACGAAAGAAUUUAUAGAAGCAGUUAAUAAAUGCCGGGCUGGAAGAAGAGCCGGUCCAGUAUCGUGGAGCACGGCUGUGAAAUUUUUAACAGCGAGGAAAUUCGAAGUUGCGAGAGCAUUAGCGUUGUACGAACAGCACGAAGCCACCAGAAGGCGAGAGGGUCUUGCACUUUUGUACCCCACUCAGGAACCUUUGCUCAGUGAAUUACGCACAGGAAAAUUUACAGUUUUACCUUCGAGGGACGCUACAGGGGCAGCCAUAGCUAUUUUUACAGCACAUUUACACCUUCCACAAAAUACCACGCACCAGACAACGUUACAAGGUGUGGUGUACCAGUUAGAUGCAGCGCUAGAAAGUGUAGAAACUCAAAAGCACGGUCUGGUUUUUAUUUAUGACAUGUCGGAUAGCAAAUACCAGAAUUUCGACUAUGACCUCUCCCAAAAGAUUCUCACCCUCUUAAAGGGUGGUUAUCCAGCAAAAUUAAAAAAAGUCUUAAUAGUGACUGCACCGCUGUGGUUCAAAGCACCCUUCAAGAUCCUUCGAUUAUUCGUGCGUGAAAAGUUGAGGGACAGAGUAUUCACCGUAUCCAUUCCUCAAUUAACGUUACAUAUCCCGCGGGAAUCAUUACCGCAUCGCUUGGGCGGCACAUUGGAGAUACAGCAUGAGGCAUGGCUUCUCCACUGUCUUAAAUCCAUGACAAACAGGGGAGGGGGUGAGCUUUGUGAGGUUACCCCCAGAGUGGGUACUCCUCUUUCGCCCACAUCGAAAAACCACACGAUUCAAAAUCCCAAUGGAACUACGGUCAGUAGCUCAACUAGUCCUAUAAUCGAUAAAAACAAAGUUAAAAAUGGUAUCUCCAAUAUUGGAGAUAUCGAGAUUACGAAUGGUGAUAUCUGGAUGGCAACCGAUGAGGCACCAUCUCCAAUACAGCCUCCGUCCUCAGCUAGUUCAGGGUUUAGCGACGACGAUAGCUUACACGGGGAUCUCGGCAUUCAGGCCGUUACCAUGGAACAACUCAUCGAAGAGAUUCAUUCGAGAGGACGCGCAGGUCUAAUAGCGGAGUACACGGAAAUUAGGCAAAGACCGCCCGAAGGUUCCUUCAAUAAUGCAAAAUUAAGAUCGAAUCAGUCGAAGAACCGGUACACAGACGUGCUUUGCUACGAUCACAGUAGGGUAUGCCUGUCGCAAGUAGACGGGGACGCUACAUCAGAUUACAUAAAUGCUAAUUUUGUUGACGGUUACAAACAGAAGAACGCGUUUAUUAGCACACAGGGUCCGCUGCCGAAAACUUGCGGUGAUUUCUGGAGAAUGAUUUGGGAACAGCAAACGCUCGUUGUCGUUAUGACCACAAGAGUGGUGGAAAGAGGUCGCACGAAAUGUGCACAAUAUUGGGGUCCGGAACCGGGAGACGAAGUACAAGCGGGAGGUUUUACAGUAACCACUCUUGAGGUCGAUACGAAUCCCGAUUACACGAUGUCGAUGCUUCUUCUUACAAACAACAAGACUGACGAGGCAAGGGAAGUUUGCCAUAUGCUGUACACCGCGUGGCCAGAUUAUGGUGUCCCACAAUCGGCCAGAGCUCUAUUACAGUUUCUAGCCUUAGUAAGACAACAACAAAAUAAAUUACUUGCUAGUAGAGGGGAUACGUGGGCUGGACAUCCGCGAGGACCUCCUAUAGUUGUUCAUUGCAGUGCCGGAAUAGGAAGGACAGGAACAUUUUGCACAUUAGAUAUUUGCAUAUCGCGACUAGAAGAUACUGGAACUGUAGACAUUCGUGGAACUGUGGAAAAAAUCCGAGCACAGAGGGCCUACAGUAUUCAAAUGCCAGACCAAUACGUUUUCUGUCAUCGUGCUCUGGCAGAGUAUGCGCUUUCCAGGGGCAUACUUAGUUCACAACAUCUUGCUAUGUUACCUCCAACCAUAGAAGAAGAUUCUGAUUAGUGUGUAACCUUUAUUAUCAUGUACCAGAUUGAUGUUCUUCCCGAGUAUGCGUAACAAUCUCCUUACAUAGCCUAUUUCUAGCUUAAAUAACUAAAAGUUAUUUUUUGCUAUCAUCUCCAUUGAUGUAAUAUUUCAGAUUUCUACUCUUAUGUUAGGCUAUAUGUUUAGAGAAUAUCUAAAGAAAGACUAGUUUUUUCAAGGCCAAUAUGUGCGAACAGAAACCUUCCGUUUUUGUUCCUUGGUAUUUUGCUCUGUGAACAAGCGAUUCGAUAUUAAGAAUAAAUGAUGUUCUAAGUGGCGCAACAGUGCCAAUUAGAAACGGCUGUCCGAGUAAUAGCGUGAAACGUGGCACAAUCGGAUGCCGGUCCAAGUUUAACCCUCUCAUAUGUAAAUUUUAUUGUACAUUUUAAAAGAUGACUACGAGUUAUUUAAAACGUGUAAAGUAUGAAACGUCUUACUUUAUGAACAUUCCAUUUGAGAACAAUUACUACGUCAAUUAAAUUAAUAUAUAAUGUAUACAAGUAUGUGAAUUAUGCUAUUUCAUAGGUUUAAAGAAUUUUUCUUAUAUUCUGUGUUACGCGUACCAGAGUUAAGGUCACAAGACUUGGCGCUCUAACCGAUAAAAUGCAGUUUCAUUCAUACAGACUUUAUUUAUUAUAUUAGUGUACUACUAUAUGAAUUAAUACGUUUGAUAGAUAAAUAAUAAUUAAUAGUAGUUUCUUCUAUAAUAGUAUGCUUAGUUUAUCGCCACUUGCAUUAUCGCGUAAUAUGUACUUUAUAUUCUAACCACGAUUAAUUGCACUCUCCGUUACGAUAAUUAGUUUCGCAUUUUUAUCGUCAUUUACGAUUUGAUAGGACUUGAGCCUAUUUUGUUAAACUUGUACUAAAUGCUAGCUGAUUUUUGUUGUUUCUACGACGUGUCUUUCAUACUUUGAACGCCUGUCUAAAAAUUAAAUUAUCAAGUACAAAGUUUUAAGGAUAUAUUGUUAUAGAAUCUUUAUAUGAGAGGGUUAAAGUUGUAAAACUGAUUUAUUAAGGAUGAAGACCUAAGUAUAAUGAAACUUAAAAAAAAAAAAAAAAAAAAAAAUAUGAAUGUUGCGAAAAAUCACAAAACUAUGGACGAUAUAAUUUAAGCGGCCGAUCGGUCACUGAUAUGUAAGAUUUAAAGACCUACAAAUAUAUUAUAACGUGUUACAACGGCUUCCGUCAUACAGGAACUAAGUAAUCGAUGAUCGUAUUUAAUAGGCAUUUUUGGGUAACCAAAGAUUAUCUCCUACACCGUCUCAGAACAAUUACAAUUGAAUCGCGUCUGGAUAUAGUUGGCUGACACUUUAUAAAGGGAUUCUCUUACAGGGAUUGUUAAACAGGGAUCAUUGCAUAGAUUAAAAAUACUUCCAAUUCGAUGAAACGUUGAAAAAAUUUAGGAAAGUCGUACGAAGUUGAACCUUUAAAAGUGGCGAAUGAAUACCUCGAGAAUCAAACGUGCUUCGUUUUAGCAACGGUAGGUUAGUGCAAAGAUAUCAAGCAAAUUCAAAACGCGCUCUUCCACGAAAGCCUUCGUGUAUAAUACGAGAAUAAGAGAAAGAGAACAGUGUGAUUUACAAUUGAAAUUUUUAGAGAAUCGACCACUUGUUUCGAGCCAUUAAAUAUUUAGGUUGAUAAUGUCGAAGUGUCGUAAGAUAUACAUUUUUGAUUUCAUUAAUCGGUGAAUCAAUAGAUCAAUACCGUUAUAUUAACUUUCAUUUCGCGAUAGCUUUUUCAACAACGUAAUCUUAUCGGCCGGAAAACGAAAUGUAUUUACACGAAGAAAGUAUGUGAAUGUUGAUAUAAUUUGAGGGCGUGUCCAAAAGCGCUGUUGUAGAUGCAAACGCUUUUCAAUACGAAUUUUUAGCAUUUACUCGUUAAAGGCAACAUUGAGAGGUUUUUUGAAGGUGCGUUGUGAAAUGAAGCGCGCUUAUAUCAAAACAAGAAUAGUAGAAAUUCUGUUUGGGGACCGUGUUUGCAUAGAUGUUUUAUCUGAGAAUUACUUAUUAAAACGAUUUAAAAAUCCUGAAUGUCGAUGUCGAUCGAUGUCCAAUUUAUAGCUAACACUCUGUCUAACCGUCUAUUUGUUGAAUGUAUAUUAUAAUAGUUGCAAGAAAAUCGUAAUACUAAAUUGUUGUUACAAAGGCAAUUGAUAUUACAAUGAAUUUUUCUUGCGUCUUAAAUUUAAUGUAUGAUACGAAUUUUAACGGAGACAUCGUGAACUUGUUGUUAUAUCGCGGAAUAUAAUAUGUGAUAGCCGUUUAGAUCGCUCUCGAUAUACGAUUUUAUAAUUGUUUUUUGUUUAUAAGAACGCUGCCAUGUUAGCGUAACGUUUAACUAUGAGUUUUGCGUUUUAUUUAAAUUUCAUGAUCUAGAAUCUAGAUUUACCGUUCGACUUAUCUUGUAAUUUAUUCGAUUUGAUUUGCCAUUACGCACUAGACGAUACCAAUGAACUCAUUGGAACGAGAAUCUUUUUUUGCCGAGAAAAUUCUUUGCCCAGAACCCAAUGCGUGUAUUUUCUGUACAGUCUGUAUAUUAUGCGCAAAAUUUAGCAGGGUCACUUCGACCGAUACAUCGUCUCAGAUCUAUCGAUAGUGAACCGUUUUGUUAGGAAUACCUUCGAAUUUUAUAUAAACGGAAAAAAAUGCUGUUGUACUAAAUGCUUAGUCAGACUUAAAUAAGUUUCGAGCAAUUUUAAUGUAUACACGUUCCUCCUAUUCUUGGGUUACCUUAAAAAGGGCAUGUUAUCCGUACAAUCAUAUUUAUUAUUACUAAUUAUUAUAAUAAUUAUUAUUACUAUUACUAUUACUAUUAUUAUUAUUAUUAUUAUUACCACUACUACUGCUAUUAUUAUAUUAUAUUAUAUUAUAUUUCUCUAACGUUUGUAAUUAGUUCACAGUGCCCUUUUAUAUUAUCUAUUAUAUUUAUUAAAAAGAUUAUCUUAAAGUAUUCAUACGAUGUACAUAAUACGCACAUACUAUCACGAAGUCUUAAGGUUCAUUUAAACCUCCAUGUUCUCAGGGUUUCACUUUCUAAGAACCUGCUAGUUGGAAAUGUAAAGAAAGGAGGAAAAGAAGAGAGUUGCAUAAUAACAGUCAGUCGUAACGAUCCGUUAAGUCAAGGAAAAGCACGAAAUUUUUCAUAGUACUUUUUUGUUCUUUUGAGAUUAAAAAGCAAAAAAAAAGAAGAAAAAAUAAAAUAAAAUAUUCAAAGUAUACGCGUAAAACAUCAUAUUAUGGUAAUACACAAUGCCAAAAAGUACAUUUUUCUUUCGUUCAACACAAAGUUUCUCUCUUUCUUAUUCGUUUUUUAUUUGCGAACAAGUGCAGUCUGUGAAUACGGAGGUUUUAUCGAGUUCUCAUUUUCUUCAAAUGAAAAAGAAAAUUCCGACCCGAUGUUUUCGUCGUUUCUCUCUCGCUCUCUUUCAUUCUAAUUAAGUGUGGAUGUAACGUGUGAUUUUGUAGUAAUUUGUGUGUGUCUAUUUCAUAAUAUCCUCAGACGUGUAUCGGUAUACCGAAGAUAAAUGCGCAAAAACAGAAAGAAACUACCGGAACAGGUACUAAAGUUUUUUGUCACGUACUCGGGCGAGUAACGUAUGUUCUAAACCCCUUAGAAUAAUUUUGUCUUGCGUAUUAUCGAAAAAGUAAGGGUACAGAUAGAUUAAACUAAUCAAUUCAACAGUAUUACGAUCCUAUAUAAUUUUAUAUUCUUAACAUCAUCCCUUUUCGCGCGAUCAGUAUUCUCUCUGCUCUUUGUUCGAUUAUUCUCAUUCCUGUAAAAACGUUGUUUCAACCGUCGUUGGUAAUUUAUUUGAGUUCUACGAUUCUCUAAAUCGCACCUCUGAAGUUCCAUUGACGAUAUACAUUUUCUAGAAAUAUAAUUAAAAAAAUUGAUAUUCGCUCGGAUUUUGUACAAUAAAAAAGUUAGAAAUGAAGGGGAAAGAAGAAUCGAUAUCGAAAAUCUAAUUAUUCUAUAAUUAAAUUGAAAUUCUUGUUUCAAGUAUAGAAGGUAAAUCGUACUGAGAUAUUACGAACAACAGAGAUUUAAAUUAAGAGUGGGAACGAAAUAUUGUACAUAUGAAUGACUUUAAAACAACUAUCGCACAUAAAUGUAUCUAAUAAUUAUUUAAUAUAUUGCAAACAUAAAUGGUA